AUGGAGGCGGGGGGCCCCAGACGUGAGCAGGUGAGUGAGCAGUCGCGAUCCUUGCAGGGCUUUCUCCGAGUCCGUCCGUUCAGCGCAGACGAGCUGCAGAGAGGAGAAGACCAGGGCUGUCUGGAGCUGGCUGGACCCUCUGUGCUCCUCUCUCUCCCGAAAGCCGGCGUCACCUCCCUGCAGAAGUUCACAUUCACACAGGUGUUGGGGCCGGCCUGCUCCCAGCUGGACGCAUUUGAGUCGACGGUGCAUGCGCCCGUCUGUGCGUGCGUGCGCGGCGAGAGCGCCCUGGUGUUCACCUACGGCGUCACCAGCUCGGGGAAGACGCACACGCUCAUGGGCACGGCGCGAGAGCCGGGCCUCCUCCCGCGCGCCCUGGGCCUCCUCUUCGGCCUGCUGGGCGACCGCCAGUACCGGCGCUGGGACCUGCGGCCGCUGCGGCACGGCGAGGUGCAGCGGCUGGAGCCCGGCGAGGUGGAGGCCGAGCGGCGGAUCCGAGCGCAGCUGCUCGCCACCGAGGAGGACGGCGCUCCGUCGCGAGGCAUGAGGAGGUCCCGGAGCGCUCCCUGUCUCGCGCUGCUCCACGACGGCGACUUCACCGCGUCGCCCAUCCUCCCCAUACUGGAGUCGACGAGCCUCUCUCAGCACCUGGGAGAGGAGACGGGGCCACAGCCGGACAGAGAGAUGGAUGGGCAGCCGGAAGGGAACCAGCUGUUCUCGGUGUGGGUGUCCUUUGUGGAGAUUUACAACGAGUCCAUGCGGGAUCUGCUGUUGCAGGAAGAGGCGGGCACCGCCAGCCAGCCCUACCGCGGCACCACCCUCCGCCUCGGAGAGGACUCCAACGGUCACCCCUACCUAAAAGACGUGCGCUGGGUGGGAGUGAGCACUGCUGGCCAGGCCCUCUGCUUGCUGGCGCGGGGCCGCAGGCAGCAGAGCGUGGCUCAGACGCGGCUCAACCAAGCCUCGAGCCGCAGCCACAGCAUCUUCACCGUGCGGCUGCUACGCGUCCAGGACGAGGGAGGGAGCAGCCUGGUGUCGAGCAGCGAGCUCACGCUGUGCGACCUCGCCGGCUCGGAGCGCUCCAACAAGACGCAGGCCACGGGCCAGAGGCUCAAGGAGGCCAACAACAUCAACGGCUCCCUGCUGACGCUGGGCCGCUGCCUGCAGGCCCUGAGGGCCAACCAGGAGGCCAGGGCGGGCGACGGUGGCGGUGGUGGUGGCGGUGGUGGCGGUGGUGGUGCCCCCAAGGCGCCGGUCCCCUUCCGGGAGAGCCGCCUGACGCGCCUCUUCCAGUCGGCGCUGCUGGGCGGCGCGCGUGUCCUCAUGGUGGCGUGCGUCAGCCCCUGUGCCUCCACGCUGCACGAGACGGCGCACACCCUCGCCUUCGCCGCCCUCGCCCAGCAGGUGGUGAGCGUUGCGAGCCAGGAAGCCAUCAGCGUGAGGGUCAGGGGGUCGGUGCGGGGAGGCUCAGCGGGAGCAGCAGCAGCAGCAGCAGCAGGAGGAGGUCUCCCCAGCAACAGCGGUGACGACAAUGAGGAGGAGGAGGAUGAAGAGGUUGACUUGUCGUCGGACGAUGAGAUCGAUGUUGAGGCCCUGGUGGGGCUGGUGUCGCGCCUCCGCGGGCGCGUGGUGGCGGAGAGCGCGGCCCGCAAUCGCGCCGAGCGGCAGGCGCGAGAGGAGGUUGCGCGAGACGCCAUGACGCACCUGCGGCAGGUGGAGGCGCUGUGGAGCCAGCGGCUGGAGGCCGAGCGGCAGGCGUGUGAGGAGCGCUGGGAGGAGCGCCUGCGGCUCUACACGGACGCCAUGCGGCGGUUUGCGUGCCGGAGUGCGGCGACGGCGCUGACGCCGCCCGACCCCGGCUACUCUGACGGGAGAGAGGAGCAGUACAGCGGCGUGGAGCCAGAGAGCCUGGAGGAGGCCCGGAAGGUGAUCGUGCACCUGCGGCGUGAGAACGCGCGGCUGGCGGGCCUCCUGCAGGGCGGGACCGGGCACCCGCUGGGCCCCGUUGCGGUCCCUCCGUCGUCGUCGUCGUCCCUGCCACUGCCGCGCUGGGCCGGUGGGGGAGCCGGCCCCCUGCUGGGCCCCAUCCACGAGCUUCUGUGCCCCUCGCAGGAGGAGGGGGAGGAGCGGCAGGGAGGGGGGGUCCCCACGGGCCGUGCCCACGGGGGCCCUCGGGGCGGUGACGCUCCACCUGAGGCCGUCGCCUCGCAAACUCGUCCCCUCACCAACAAGCGAGCCGCCGGACUGCUGCUGACGGGACGCUGCCGAAUGUGGAGUCCGGUUCCCCCAACUCCCUUCCCGGACGCUCGUGGACGAGACGCAGCGUCCAAGUCGAUCAUCGUCAUCACUUGGUUCGACGGGAGAUGA